AUGGUUUGCAGAAUGAGCACAUUUGUGACCCUUGCAGAGGUGCUGGAGUCACGGGGAGCGCCUCUGGAGGAGGAUGAGGUUUGGGCUCUCCUCCUGGGUGCAACAGAAGUAUUGAUAGACAUCUCCAGUAAAGAUCCUGGCAACAUGUGCCUGGUCAUCAGCCCUGGUUCCAUGCUCCUUUCCACAAGCGGCAGCAUUGCCUUUAAGACCUGCAGUCGUUCUGAGGAUAUGAGCUCAUUUACUUCCCCAGAAAUGUCACAGAGGAACUCUUCCACCAGGAGGCAGGCCAAAGAGAAGAUGGUGGUUUACUCACUGGGCAUGACACUCUAUUGGACAGUGGAUUAUCAACUUCCUCAAAAUCAACCUGUCCAGCUCAGUGACAAUCUGAACAGCCUCUUACUGAGCAUGUGUGAGGACGUGGCUCUCAAACGGGUGAACCUACUUACAGUGCUGGAGACGUGUGAGCAACAUCAUAAGAAUGCUCUCCUUUCCCGACCAGAGAGAGUAAUCAGGCAGAUGUCAGAGGAUGUACUACAGGUGGAAAAACCCCCAAAUGAUGCAACUCGUCUCACAGACCGAAGCCAGAUGGUUAGAGAAAGACUUAGAGGUGCUUCAUGUCAAAACUUUGUUUGGCUUGUAAAAGGGAACAGCACACCAUCACAAGCAGAUUUUAACAGUUGUCACAGUUCACAGCAGAGAAGCUGUAAUAGCACUUGGCUGACCCAAAGUCCUUGUCUCGACAGACAUCACCUGUUCAACUCAAGGACAAAUCAGUUAUAUGGCUCCUCAGUUAGCCUUAAUGGAAGGAAAAUAAAGGGAAAUGGCCCAGAGUUCAUCAGAAUGUUGGAGGAGCCUCUCGUCAUUUUAGAGCUGCCUAAUUCUAUUGUGUCAAACAGAGGGAGAUCAAGUUCAAACCAAAGGGACUUGACAGUUAUAAUGCCAAAUGGACAGAACAUUCUCAUCAAGUGUGAUGUCAAGUCGAGAGGGGGGGAUGUCUUUGAUAUGAUCAUCGCUCAUUCAAACCUUGUGGAACAUUUUUACUUUGGCCUUGCUUACAGUGAUGAUGAUGAAUUUUUCUUUCUUGACAAUGAAACAAAAAUUUCAAAAGUUGCCCCCUACAGCUGGAAAAAAGUGCCCACUUCCACAUUUGUGCUUCAUUUCCGCGUCAAGUUUUUUGUGAAUGACAUCUCUCUUCUUCUCAACAAGCUGACCUGUCAUCAGUACUAUCUCCAGUUGAGACGGGACAUUUUGGAAGACAGGUUACCCUGUAAUGAGGAGACCUGCUUGUUUCUUGGUGCCUUGGCUCUCCAAGCCGAGUUUGGGGACAGUAUGCCCGAGGUUUAUGGGAAAAACUACUAUCAGCCAGAGCACUAUGUUUCUAAGAGAGUUUUGCAGAAAAUGGCAAUGCCUUGCCUGAAAGAAGAGUUGCUGCGGUUACAUGCCAACAAUGCAAACAUGGUUGCUGACGAGUCAGAGCUAGAGUUUCUCAAGACUAUUCAACAGCUUCCAGAGUACGGAGUGCUGUUUCACCGUGUGACCCGUGAGAAGAAGCCUGUCUUUGAAGAGCUUGUCCUGGGAGUUUGUGCCAAAGGCAUCAUUGUGUAUGAAGUUAUAAAUAACUCCCGCACCGCAAGCCUUAGAUUUCAGUGGAGAGAGACUACCAGUAUCACCUCGACUCGAUGUAAAUUCGUCAUUGAGAGCAGCACCAAUAAAAAGAAGCACACCUUUCUGACGGAAAAUUCAAAAGUUGCCAAAUACCUCUGCAACCUCUGCUCUGCACAGCACAAGUUUCACAAAGAGAUGAGCUCUCGCCAACUCAGCCACAGCCUUGCUUCAGAGGAGAGUAUCGUGCAGUAUGCAGCCAUGUGCAGGGCCCAGAAUAAUCUGACGAGUAGGUUGUCUGAGGUAGCACUUAACGAUGGACGCCUCAACACCACUCCUGAUGACUCUAUGAGCAAGCUCUGUGAGGACAUUGCUAUGCGGAUUGAGACAAAGAUCAAACAACAGAGAGACUUAUUAGACCACACAGGAAGCCAAAGUCCAUUUCAGCAGAGAAGUUAUUUUAGCUCUCAAAAGAGAUGCUCUGAAGUCCCUUCAAUGUCUUCCGCCCAAAGAGAUACAAUAAUUUCACGACCACCAGAGAGGGAAAUAAUCUGUGUUACCCUCAAAAAGGAUCCAAAAGGUGGCCUUGGUAUUGUAAUUGUUGGAGAAGACAACACUGGGAGACUGGACCUUGGUAUCUUCAUUGCGUCCGUUGUACCUGGAGGCCCAGCUGACAACGAUGGACGCAUCAAACCAGGUGGUCGACUGAUCUCUCUCAACCAGAUCAGCUUGGAGGGCGUGUCCUUCAGUGAAGCUGCUAACAUCAUGCAGAACAGCUCUAAUGAGGUGGAACUUAUUGUCUCACAGCAAAAAGGUCUCAAUAAGUGUGGUGGCAGCGGUAAUCUGGCAGAGAGGAGCUACGAUUCCCAGAGUACUAUACUGGUUGACAAUCGAGCAGGGGAUGAUGAUUUGGAUGAGCUGGUCAGUGUUAUGAUGACCCCUAAAUCCAUGAGCAGGCUUCAUGUUCCUGAGGUCCGCAUUGUAAAUGCACAGGAUGAUUAUUCCCGGUCAUCAUCUUUGAUCAGCCUGAGACCUGAAGAGUUUAUAGUGAUGCUUCGGAAAUCUGGGGGCAGUCUUGGCAUCAGCAUUGCUGGAGGGGUGAAUACAAGUCUUCGCUAUGGAGGUAUUUACAUCAAGAGCCUGGUACCUGGUGGAGCAGCGGAACAAGAUGGGCAGAUCCAGCCAGGAGACAGACUGUUGGAAGUGGAUGGCAUCAGACUGCAGGGAUUAACAGAUCAGCAGGCUGCUGAGUGCUUGGCAAGAACAGGAGAGGUGGUGAGUCUGAUACUGGAGAGGGAUGGAGGCUCUGUGCUGCCUCGAGGCCCAGCAAGCCCUCGGUUAGGGAACAUGCUCACUGUCCACAAACCAGCUCCUGUAGGGACACAGAUGAGGAACAGCUGUCCUGCCAUCACCAUGACAAGACCCUUUGUGGUCAAGCACAGAGACUACAGCUUUGUGUCUGAUGAUAACAUCCUGGAGGUGACCCUGAAGAAGAGACUGAACGGUCUGGGCUUCAGUUUUUUCGUCACAGAGCUGGACACUUCCCUUGACUGUGGCAAUAUUGUACGAAUAAGGACACUGUUCCCUGGUCAGCCUGCAGAGGAGAGUGGCAAGAUUCAGGAAGGAGAUGUCAUACUGUCUAUUAAUGGAGAGCCACUGAAGGGGUUGUCCUAUCAGCGAGUGAUACCGUUAUUGAGGAAUUCUUCUUCAGAGGUUCAUCUUGUGCUUUGCCGCCCUGCUGAAGGAACACUGCCACCUAUUUCUGAGAAAAUAGGCCAACUGACCUGCAGCUGAACCAUCAAAGAUGUUAUAUGGGCAUUUAAUGAAGGUCUUCUCCAGGGAAAAAAGCCCAUAGAGGAAUCCUGUAUUAUGGGCGAUGAUGGAUCCUUUAGAGGGGUUUGAAUGAUUUUCUGAAUCAAAACUUAAAGCUGAAGUGGAGUUUAAAUCCACAUAUGCAGUUACAAAUAUUAAAAAAUGAUUGAAAUUAAAAUAGCUAAUUAAGAAUAUCAAAAAUCAGUCACAUUUGGCAUGUUUUCCAAUUCCGACAUCUCUGUAGCCAAACUGAUUUCUGGAAUGUUUCUGAAAUUCUUUGAAAAGAGGAUUUAAAUAGACUUGUCCAUAUGCUCUACUUCUGUUAACAAACAACUGCUGUUCUCAACUCAGUGUUUCAUGAUGUCAUCCUCUAAAUGUUACCGAAGAUCUGUGACGUACAAGGAUGUACUGGAUUAUCUCAGUCCAGCAUAUGGCCUAUAUCAUUUCACAAUGCCUUCAAUUUACAGGGACAUUUAAAAAUAUAUAUAUAUUGAGUGGUGCAACACAUUGACUUUUUUGUCAUAUAGCC